AAGUGAGUUACAGAAUCGCAGGGCAGGUAUUUCAGAUUUAGCGCUAGUAUAGUUUCUCAAGCUUCCCUGAGUUUCGUUUCUGAAUAUCACCCAAAAUAGAAUAUUUUAAAGUUUUUCGUGGAAUGUAUCUACUACAUUAUUUAUACUUUACAUGAAUAUUCGAAUAAUAAAUUAAAAAUUAUACAGUCUAUGCAAAUUUAUUGUCUGUUCAUUAAUAAGUUCAACAAAGUAAUGAAAUGUAAUUCGACUUAUUAGUUUAACAUCAAUUAAAUAAAAUCUGGCCUAACAUAGCAUUAUUUUAUUCACAAUCUGCAACGUCUCUCUAGAUAAUACCAGUGCUGAAAUAGCAUUGGGUAAGCUCGAUAUACAUCAUCCCUGUUUAAGUAUAGAUGCAACUGACUUACUUCUGCGCCAAAUCCUUCAACAGUUCAUCUAAAUUCCAUCGCGCUAAUCAGGGACUAAGCGAGGUCAACUGGACGCAUCGUCUUAAUGGAGAUACUCUCGAUAAAGUAACAGCAAAAUUCUACGAUAUUGUGAAGAGAUUUAUUUUAUAAUAUAAGUACCCCGUGUGGUAUUCUAACUAUCUGGUACACGUUUCGAAAGAUAAACUAAAAGUACACCGACGUUGGAGAAUGUAUAAAAUUCCGCGAGACUUUGACGCGUUCUCAUUGUUGCGUAGGCAAAAACUUAUGUCCAGAAAGUGCAUGAUAUCUUAAGAACAGGACUAAAAAUCCUAAAGCAAUGUGGUCAUAUUUAAGAGGCAAUGUAAAUCAGAGUACGGUAGCAUUCUAGUUCUUGAUGAGUCCUACUAAUCGGACCUAGAGAUUUGUGAUGAUUUUAAUAAAUUCUUCAACAGUAUCUUCCACUCUCCCGACAAUACUUAAGACCUACCUGACCUACCCGAGUUGGAUGUUAUAAAUAACAACAUUCACAUAAUGGAACAUGAUGUCUCCAAAGCUAUAAAAAAUUAAGGAAUCCGGUUUAAUAUAAAGAUGAAGGAGGAGAAUCCAGGAGAGUCUCAGAUCCGGAAGUCAUUCGCGGGAGCUAACAUUUUACUGACGGGAGGAACUGGCUUCCUUGGAAAACUGCUUAUUGAAAAAUUACUAAGAUGUUGCCCGGAGCUUAAUAAGAUAUAUCUAUUAGUGAGGCAGAAGAAAAAUAAAGAUCCACAAACACGAUUAAAAGAACAGUUCGAUGAUGUGCUGUAUGAAACACUUCACAAAGAUCAGCCAGAUUUCAUCAAGAAGGUGGAGAUUCUAGAGGGAGAGUUAGACAGCGAAAAUCUUGGUCUCACAGACCAGGAUUGGCUGACAGUAUGCGAUAAGGUUAAUUUUAUUCUUCACGGAGCAGCGACCGUCCGCUUUGACGAGACCCUGAGUAAAGCCGUGCGCAUCAACACACGUGGCACCAAAGAGAUGUUAAAGCUUGCUCGCUGUUGCAAAUACCUUAAAGCUUUUGUCUACAUUUCGACCGCUUAUUGUAACCUCUCGCAACAACCGAUAGAGGAAAAAUUUUACGACUUUCCCCUCACCAGUGACCUUCUUAUUGACGUAGUUGAAUGCUUGGAUUCAAAAACUGUAGACGACAUUACACCUGGACUAAUAGGCAUGUUUCCAAAUACAUAUUGUUACACAAAGGCGGCCGCAGAAAACCAUCUUCUUAAACAUUCUCAAGGACUACCUGUUGCUAUAUUAAGACCUUCUAUAGUGAUAUCAACGGCAAAAGGCCCCAUUCCUCUGGGUUGGAUUGAUAACAUUUAUGGACCGACUGGGAUAUGUGUUGGAGCUUCAGUGGGCAUUAUUCGAAUAAUUAAAUGUAACCCGGAUGCCGUCGCCGAUUUAGUACCAGCUGAUUUUGUUGUUAAUGCUUGUAUUGCCGUGGCUUGGAAGACUGCUCGACACCAUAAAAAAACCUCUGAGAGAAAACUUGAGGACCACAGUGAGGGACCGACUAAAGCCGACCAGAUUCCCCGUGUGUAUAAUUAUGUAUCUGGAAAUCAAAAUCCUAUAACAUGGCGUACUUUUAUGAAUUACGCACAUAUACACGGAUUUACAAUGGCACCGAGUAAAGCAGUCUGGUGCUAUAUGUUAUUUCUUAUAAAUAACGCGCUCCUGUUCAGAACUUUGAACAUCCUUCUUCACUGGAUACCGGCUUAUGUGUGCGAUGGAGUAGCAGUUAUGAUUGGGAAAAAACCUAUGCUAAAGAAAGUUUAUUCGAAAAUUGACAAGUGGAUACAUUUUAAUAAAAUUUUCGCGUGCGAAACCUGGAAGAUGAGAAAUUCCAACACUAUACAACUUUUUAAGGAGCUGAACGAGUCGGACCGACAUAUAUUUGACUUUGACAUAUCUGCUUUAGACUGGAAUUCCUAUAUGUAUAAUUAUAUGAUGGGAAUUCGCUUGUUUCUUAUCAAAGAGCCUAAAGAAACAAUACCUCGAGGAAUAACAAAACAAUAUUUACUAAUAAUAGCGAAUUAUAUAGUUAUGACAAUUUACGCUAUAGCUUUGUUUUGGUUUGCUAAACUUUUGGGUGCAGGUGUGUUGAAAUUAAUUUAUAAAAUUUUCAGCUGAAAUUUAAAAACAAUUUAUAAAUUUUGGUAGAAAAGGGGAUAAACGUUUUUUUUCUUCGUAAUAAAGUGUAUUAUUUAUCAGUUCGUAAUAUAAAUUUUGUAGAUUUUUACAGUUAGUGAACUUAAAGGUAAAAAAAAUAUUAAAAGCAAUAAAGAAUUAUACUUUUUUGGA